AACUCUCCUGCUAUAAAAAGAUCUUUCACCCAACAGACGCCGAGAGAGAGAGAGAGAGAGAGAGAGAGAGAACAGAGUCCGACCUGAAGGCCACCCUUCUCACCUUAGUCCUCACAGAUCAAACGAUUCCGAAACAGAAAGUGACAGAUUGGUUUCUUUUUAAAAAAAGUAAACUGAUAUUUUUCCUUCCUCUUCUUUUGAUUCUUCUCUGCUUCCAUCUCACUGCCCGCUCCAGUUUCUGUCAUUUGAUUCAUGCCGGCUUCAAAUUCCGAGAAAUCUCUGAGUAUGGAUGAUUUUCUGGUAGUGUCUUGGACGCGAUGAUCCCUUCCUUCUGAAAAGUUGAUGAAUAGACAGACAUUUAGAAUAUGAGAAAGGGAAUGCGUAUCUGAUCUUCAGCCUGGGGUGCGUAAUUGCCAAGAUAAGACGGACAGGAAAAAUAGAAAAUAAAAGAAAAAAGGGAAGGAAAAAAAAAAAAAGAUUUCUGUGGAUUUCCGAUCUGAGAAUCGCUUGCUUCAUAUUGAUCCAAGUUUCAAGUUCUGAAUCACGCUUCACUUUCGAAUUUCGGAGAAUUCAGUUUAAGCUUAGCUGAAUUGUGCAAGAAUUCAGCUUCUGCAGCAUAAAGAAUUCAAAAUUCCAUUGAAUCACCGGUAAGAAAAGGUUUUGAAACAGCUUUGGAUGCAUGGAGCUUCCUCAAGCGCGCCCCUUUGGAACCGAAGCAAGAAAACCGACGCAUGACUCACUGUCACUGUACAGUCAUUCAACUGCCCAGCACGAUCCGAGGCCACCAUGCCAAGGAAGUUACCUGAAGACUCGUGAUUUCUUGCAGCCACUAGAACGGGUUGAGAAGAAAGCAAACACGAAGGAAGAAGCAUCGGAUGAGAUAUCAUCAGUGGUUCAAAAGCUGCCGCCUUCUGCGCCGCCGCCGCCGCCAUGUGUUGAGCACAUCCUACCUGGAGGCAUUGGGACUUACAGUAUCAGCCACAUUUCCUAUUGUAGUAAUCCCAGGGUUCCAAAGCCGGAGGCUACCCUUUUCACUGUGUCUCCUUGUGAAGCGAGUACAGAUAGAAAUGAGGAGAACUCCAACUGCAGUUCAUACACUGGAAGUGGUUUCACUUUGUGGGAAGAGUCUACCGUUAAGAAGGGAAAGACAGGGAAGGAGAAUGAGGUGGGAGAGAAAUCCGUUAUAGCAGAGUGCGCGGCCAAGCCGGGGCAGUGGUCGGUGACGGAGAGAGCAUCUCAGUCAUUUGUUAAGAAUCAUCAGAAUAGCUUCAAUUCUGCCACUUCCUCUCAGAAAACUGGGCAGAAGAACCAGAGUUUUAUUGAUAUGAUAAAAUCUGCCAAGGAUUGCUCUCAGGAUGAGGAGUUAGACAACGAAGAAGCAUUCAUCUUUAAGAAAGAAUCCUCAAAUACCCAACAAAGAGGGGAAUUGAGAGUGAAAGUGGACGGGAAGAGCUCUGAACAAAGGCCAAACACACCGCGAUCAAAACAUUCUGCAACAGAACAGCGUAGAAGGAGCAAAAUUAAUGACAGAUUCCAGAUGUUGAGGGAGCUUAUUCCACAUAGUGACCAGAAAAGAGAUAAGGCAUCUUUUCUGUUGGAGGUUAUUGAGUACAUUCAGUUUUUACAAGAUAAGGUUCAUAGGCACGAAGGUUCAUACCAAGUGUGGAACCAAGAGAAAGAAAAAUUGACUCCAUGGCAGAGGAAUAAUCACAGGCGUUCAGAAAGCUAUGAUGAUCAAUCUCGCGUCAUAAAUAGCGGGUCACCUCCUCCUCCCAUAUUACUGUUCCCUUCAAAGAUGGAGGAGGAAAAUUUUAGCAUCUCCCCAACAAUUACUGGGGCCACAAAGAACGUAGAUGCUGGAACUAGUUCUGCAACUACAUUGAAGUCAAUGAAUCAACAUCCUGGAAUGACCAAUAAGGCCGUGCCAAUUCCUAACUCUCCACAGCCAAAUUUCUUCAAUCCUGUUCGAAGUGGCGGUCCAGGUAGAUUGGUGUCUCAGCUCACACACAAGCUAACGUCAGAUGCUGAAAACACCUUGUGUAAUCCCUUGGGGCAAUCUCAGACUUACUCUUCUGCUACAGGGGUGACUGCUGCUAGUGAUAAGCUUAAAGAGAAAGAGCUCACCGUUGAAAGCGGUGCUAUUAGCAUAUCAAGUGUGUACUCAAAAGGGUUGCUGGAUUCACUAACGCAUGCACUGAAGAAUUCAGGAGUGGAUUUGUCACAGGCUAGCAUCUCAGUGCAAAUUGAGCUUGGUAAGCAAGCAAACAUCGGACCAAUUGGACCAACUUCUGGAGUAAAGGAUGAAGUUACUUGUACCAAGCAGGGGAUGAAGCGCUCUAGAGUUUGUAGCGUAGAGGAGUCUGACCUAGCAGUGAAGAAGCUGAAGACAAGCAGAAGUUGAUUCAACUGUCAUAUUCAUUCGUUCCUUACUAUACGUUUUAUUCAAAUUUUUGCUACUUUUCUCUUUCUCUACAAUUAAUUUUGAAGGGGUCUUCAAGUCGUCUUCUGCUGGCAUCUUAUCAGCGAGAAGGGUGAGGUCGACUGUACAUGUAGUGUCUUAGUUGUGUUGGGACCUUUAGAUUUCCCCAACAAAAUGAUAUGAAUAAUUUAUUUUCUGAAUUAUUUAAUUAUAGAGGCUUCCAUUCUAAUUGAGAAGCUGUUUUUUUAACUAUCAAGGCUUCCAUUCAUGUAAAGUUUGUAUUAACUCUUGGCUUUUUCUAUGUUGUAUUUUUUCUAA